GCCCUCACGACCGACAUGCGCCGACAUGCGCAAUAGCGAGACGCCGGAGCGCUGAGUGGGUGGCUUGCGAGUCUUCCGGUCUAGGAUCUUAUUCUGGGACUGAGGGCGCCGGACUGGCGCUUUUGGCCGGCUUGGCAUUGGGUAGGCGGCUUCUUGGGACCCAUAUGAGCCAAUGGCAUCAUCCCGGCAGUGGCUGGGGUCGGGGACGCGACUUUCUGGGACGCUCCUCGGCCAAGAAGAAGGGCGGAAACCACAUCCCCGAAAGAGACGGGGUUUUGCCAUGUUGCCUAGGAUUUUCUUGAGCUCCUGGUCUCAAGCAAUUCACCAGCCUCCCAAAAUUCUGGGACUACAGGCAUGAGCCACUGCACCUGGCCAAGAAAUCUUUUUGAUAGGUGGAAAGACUAUCUCCCAAUUGGCCAGCGGAUGCCUGGGACUCGUUUCAUAGCUUUCAAAGUUCCUUUGCAAAAGAGUUUUGAAAAGAAACUUGCUCCAGAAGAAUGUUUUUCCCCUUUGGAUCUUUUUAACAAAGUCCGAGAGCAAAAUGAAGAACUUGGACUGAUUAUUGAUUUAACAUAUACUCAACGCUAUUAUAAACCAGAGGAUUUGCCAGAAACUAUUCCUUACUUAAAAAUUUUUACGGUUGGGCAUCAAGUGCCUGAUGAUGAGACUAUUUUUAAAUUCAAACAUGCUGUUAAUGUGUUUUUGAAAGAAAAUAAAGAUAACGAUAAACUUAUAGGUGUCCACUGUACCCAUGGGUUAAACAGGACUGGCUACCUCAUUUGUAGAUAUUUGAUUGAUGUAGAAGGCAUGAGGCCAGAUGAUGCAAUUGAAUUAUUCAAUAGGUGCCGGGGACAUUGCUUAGAAAGAAAAAACUACAUUGAAGACCUUCAGAAUGGUCCUAUCAGAAAGAAUUGGAAUUCCAGUGUACCCAGCUCAAGUGGUUUUGAAGACUCAGCACAUUUCAUGCAACCAGCCUACCCCAUGAAUAAGCCUGUUAAACAAAGACCUAGGUGUAAUCUACAUCGGAUCCAGGGUCAUUCAACUCCUCGGCAUUUCCACGCCCAGACCCAAAAUUUGCAGCAAUCGGUCAGAAUGUUUUCACGGAAUCCAGAUGUUUACCAGAGAGUCCAUAUCCCUCCUCCUGGUCCCCCUGGAGAAGAUUAUUCACACAGGAGGUACACUUGGAAUGUGAAGCCAAAUGCCAGUCGAGCAGCUCAGGAGAGAAGGAGGUGGUGUCCUGACAAUUACUCCGGACUAUCCUAUCCAGCCUAUUGGGAAUGGACCCAGUGAUACAAACCUGUCCUGGAAUUCUACCUGGAGACCAGAGCUGGCCUGAAGAUUACUGGUGGGACUUUUAAUUAGAUCAGGUCUAAUGAGGUUUCUUUAUUGUUCCCUUAUGUGUUCAACUUUAUGGAAAAAUUAUAUUACUUUUUACCUCUUUGCUGAUAAAUCUGCAGUAAUUACAGCAUUGCAGGAAAAAAAAUCUGUUAUUCCAGUCUUAAAUUUUUCUAAAUGAAGAGAGUAUUUUAGAACUGAAGCAUUAAGAAUUUCCCUUGCAAAUUAUUUUUUUAAAAUUCUAUCUCAUUUUUCUAUGUAUUUCUUUCUGACUAGACUUGUGAUACGUGUUUAUGUUCAGAAAUUUUUAUUGUUUUUGUUAUAUUCUGUUGACCCAAAGGACAUCUUUAUUUUCUAUAACUGUUCAAAACUUCUAUUAAAAUCUACGUGGGAGAUAA